ACCCUAGCAGUUGAACAAAACCCCAGGGUAUCUCACCUCGCUUCGCUUACUCUGCUGCGACCAAGAAACCUCCUGCUCUUCUUUUCCAUUCUAACUCUUGCCAAUACAGUGAACUAUGAGGCCGCCUAGAGGUGGCGGUUUUAGGGGGGGUAGAGACGGGGGACGCGGUGGUCGCGGCGGCGGUUCUCGUGGUCGCGGUUUUGGCGGUCGCGGUGGUGGUGGUGGGUUUCGUGACGAGGGACCUCCUUCUGAAGUCGUCGAAGUUUCCACUUUUCUUCAUGCCUGUGAGGGUGAUGCUGUGACAAAGCUCACCAAUGAGAAAAUACCAUACUUCAAUGCCCCAAUCUUUCUACAAAACAAGACCCAGAUAGGGAAAGUUGACGAAAUCUUUGGUCCCAUCAAUGAAUCUUAUUUUUCUAUUAAAAUGAUGGAAGGCAUUGUGGCAACUUCAUAUUCGCCUGGGGACAAAUUCUACAUUGAUCCAAAUAAGCUUUUACCUCUUGCAAGAUUUCUUCCGCAACCAAAGGGACAGGCACAAGCUGCUGCAAGAGGUGGUCGUGGAGGCAGCAGAGGUGGCGGUAGAGGUGGUGGCCGAGGAGGUGGUGGCUUUCGUGGAAGGGGGGGUCCAAGAGGCGGUAGAGGUGGACCUCCUAGAGGAGGUGCCCGUGGUGGUGGCUUUAGGGGCCGAGGGAGGUCAUAGAAGAAUUUUGUGUAAUAUUAUUGUGCUUUUAUCCAUGAAAGGUUUUGUUUUAUGGUGCAAUGGACAAACAACAAUCAAUGUUUGGAUAAUAAUUUGAACUUUGUUGUUGAAGAAGUGAAUUUUUGUUACA